CGACGCAGCUCGUCGACGGUGGUGCGACUACUUUUCGGAUGGAUUGGUUAGUUCUUGCAAGGCGUUCAACGCUUUUCGGCGCUUCUUUCGCUGCUCGCUGUUUAAUUAUUUAUUUUUGGGGGGAAAUGAAAACCGAAAACGCAACAGUUUGUUAAAUAAUUUAAUUCGCCGCUGCGAAGGAAACAAGUGAAAUUGCAUAUUACGAAGUUGGCUUAAUUAUUGCCUGUGCAUGUUGGCUGGAGUGUUGUAAACUUCAUAUAUUUUUUUUUUCGUGAAACGACCUUUGCGAACUUAUCGUCGUAACCAGCGAACAAAAAAAAACCAAAUAAGCAGUGACAACAACAGCAAAGGCUAAUAAUAAUUAAAACAGCGUGUUGUGUUGUUGUCUGCUCGCCGAAUUGUCGCUGUGUGCGUGACCGCGUAUCUGUGAGUGAGCCAGUGAGUUUGUGUGUGUGUGUGUGUAUGAGAGUGUUAUCUCUCAACAAUUGCGUACCCCUAGUCAAGAUCCUCCACUUUGCAAUUGGGAUACUCCCACUGCCACUGCCACUCCCACUCCACUUGCACGCCACAUGCAUAUGUACAUAUGUAUAUGCUCGCAAUACUCCCCGAUCAUCCGAUAGAUGCGAAUUGUCAGUUAAACCGGCAAAAAAAAGCGGCAAAAAGCGGCAAAAGUGCUGACCCUGCACUCGACGGCAACCUGAUCGGAUCACUUGGCACAGGAAUUCCCAUGAGCAGCGCCCCCUGAACACCCAAAUAUACAUAUAUAUAUCAAGAUAUCAAGAUACAUAUAUAUAGAGCCAAGAUGCUGCAGCACACGAUGACAAAGCGGAAGACGCUGAUCAUCGGCUUCUUUGGAAUUGCCCUGGGCCUCUGCAUCGGCACCAUGCUGAAGAACUACCUGGCACUGGAGAUCGUGAAGCGUUGCAGCCUGCGGCCGACGAAUCUCAAGACGCCGGCGGAGAUCAUUGGGCUGCGGGAGGAGGACACCAUUCAGAAUUCGCAACGGAAUCUGGUCUUUGUGGGCGUGAUGACGGCCAAGAGCUUCCUGGAGGGCAGAGCGCGUGCGGUGUACGAUACGUGGGGCAAGGAGGUGCCCGGCCGGAUGGCAUUCUUCAGCUCGGAGGGCAGCUACUCGGAGGACCUGCCCGUGGUGGCGCUGAAGAACGUGGACGAUCGCUAUCCUCCGCAAAAGAAGUCCUUCAUGAUGCUGUACUACAUGUACGAGCACUACAUCGAUCGCUUUGAGUGGUUCAUCCGGGCGGACGACGAUGUCUACAUGGAGCCGGAUAAGCUGGAACGCUUCCUACGCUCCAUCGACAGCUCCAAGCCGCAGUUCAUCGGCCAGGCGGGCAAGGGCAACAGCGAGGAGUUCGGCCUGCUCUCCCUGGAGUUCGACGAGAACUUUUGCAUGGGCGGACCUGGGGUGAUCCUCAGCAGCGAGACUCUGCGCCGCGUGGCGCCACACAUACCCAGCUGCCUGAAGAACCUCUACAGCACCCACGAGGACGUCGAGGUGGGGCGGUGUGUCCAGAAGUUUGCCGGCAUACCCUGCACAUGGAACUACGAGAUGCAGUACAUCUUGCGGCACAACUCCAGUGGCCGAAAUGCGUACACGGGAAAGCUGAAGCGAAAGGAGAUCCACAACGCCAUCACCCUGCAUCCCAUCAAACAGGCGCCGCUCAUGUACCGCCUGCACUCCUAUGUCCAGGGUCUGAAAGCGGAGGAGAUGCGCCAGGAGUCGCUGCUCCUGCACCGGGAUAUCAAGCGGAUGGCCAAAUACCUGGAGGUUCCGGACGAGAGCACCUACAUGAUGCCCAGUGUGUCACCCGAGAGCGAUUCCACCAAGAGGCACUUCCAGGAUCACAACAUUUUAGGAAUCAGUCCGGAACUGAAUAAAUUCGUGCCCGGAAGCACCGACGACCUGCUGGACUGGUCCUUCAUUGCCCGCAGCCUGUACUCGGCCAGUUCCGCCAAUCCCAAGCAGAAGAUCGACUCGGCGCUGCGGGAGGGACUGGAGGAUGCCAUCACCGAGGUGAUGGAGAACAUCAACAACUAUUCCCGGCAGCGGGGUCGCGUCAUCGAGUUCCGGGAACUGCUCUACGGAUACCAUCGACUGGACGCGCUCCAUGGCCAGGACAUGAUCCUCGACCUGCUGCUCAUCUACAAAAAGUACCGGGGCAAGAAGAUGACCGUGCCGGUGCGAAGGCAUCUCUAUGUUCAGCGCGCCUUUACGGGCAUCUUUGUCAAGGAGGUGGACGAGGACUUCUACAAUGUCACCCUGCAGCAGAGUCUCCUGGGCAGCCUGUUCCAAAACGGCAUGGCGCGCUUGAGCAGCCACUUCACGAUGCCCAGUGGACUGCUGUCACCGACGCAGGACAAGAUCGUAUUCGUCCUGCCCAUCGCGGGUCGCCUGGCAACCUUCGAGCGCUUCCUGCGCACCUACGAGCGCGUAUGCGUGCGCGGCGAACAGCACUGCGACCUCCUGGUGGUGAUCUUCGGGUCGCCGGAUGAGCUGGGCGAUCACCUGCAGCUGCUCCACGAUCUGCACGCCCGACAUGUGUACCAGCAGGUGAACUGGAUCCAAAGAAGCAGCGCCUUCUCACGCGGCGUUGCCCUGGACGUGGCCGCCAGAUCAUCGUACAUUCGACAGGAGGACAUCAUUCUGUUCAUCGACGUGGACAUGGUCUUCGAGGUGGAGACGCUGCAGCGCGUUAGGAUGCACACGCAGCGGGGCAAGCAGGUAUACCUGCCCAUCGUCUUCAGUCAGUACGAUCCGCAGAGAAGAAGCGGUGGUGCAGGCGAGUCCGAGGACGAGGGGGAAACGCCCAGGAUCGACGAUGAGCGGGGCUACUUUCGGCAAUUUGGAUUCGGCAUCUGUGCCAUCUACAAGUCAGACAUACUCGAUGAGGAUAUCAAUGGUUUCGACAAGGACAUCACCGGCUGGGGCCUAGAGGACGUCAAGUUCCUGGAGAAGAUUGUGCGCGUGGGCACCAGGCAACGCGGCUUCCUGGCCAACACCGCCGAACUGGCCAUGGACUACAACGAGGCCGCUGAACAGUGGCGCAGACUGAGUGUCUUUCGUGCACCGGAUCCCACGCUAGUCCACAUCUACCAUGACAUCAGCUGCGACGUGCAGCUGGACGCGCCGCAGUACAACAUGUGCCUGGGCACCAAGGCCAACUCCCUGGGCAGCACGCGUCUGAUGGAGCAACUCUUCCACAGCAGUCCCGAAAAUGUCCAGUUUGCCGUCGACUUUAAUCGCCAAAAGCAACAGCAACAGCAGCAGCAGCAACAACAGCAGGCCAGGUGAUGAUCAAUCCCAACCAGAUCCAGUAAUCCCCGCCAGCGAUCCUGCCACAUAGUAUUAUGCCUAAUGUUUCCUACACGAGGGUGUGUGCCAGCCCAUAUGCCUAAAUAGUUGGUAAGUCCCUACUGAUCCAUAAGUCCAUACAUGUAAGGCCAUAAAUGAUGAGAUGGGUGAGACAUCUGUAAAUUAAUAGGAUCAAAAAAAAGCUACCGAGACAAAACGUUAGUGGGUUAAUAUCUAUGGACAUUAUCGAAGCAUGGUACAUACCUUUUAGUUUUAAAAUGCACCUAAAAUAGAUUUGUAUGCUAAGAAAUUACAUGUAGAUAAAAGUAAAAUUAACAUUUAUGACGAAUUAAUGUAGUCAUCAAAAAUCAUUAUUAUUUAUCAUUAUCAUUAUUGUACAUGCAAUCGAGUUUUCUAACCAAAGCCGCUUAACCAUAUAAAAUUGUCGAUACUAUUAUAACUAAAGCAUAAAUUCCAUGUCAAAUCUAUUAAAAUUAACACUGCAAAAACUAAAUUAUGUUUUAAUGCUAUCAACUUAAAGGUAAACUUCAAAAGUUUACAAAUUCCUUGUUCCAGUGUAAAUUUGCAUAUAUAGAUAAUUAUUAGUAAAUACAAAGUAUUUUAAUGGUUGUUAGUCCCUUCGAAAUAAAUUAUUUUUUUUUAUAUUUAAUGAUUUUAAGUCAAACAUUUUAGAAAUGCCUUUUGGUUGGGUUUUCAACUGUAGAUUAAGAUGUAGCCAUAUAUCCAAGAUUAUUCCUCUUCAGUAAAUGUCGCAUAAUUAAGUGUUUAAACUAAUCAAAAAUCCUUAUCAUUCUUGAUUUGAUUAUGAAAACCGCAUUUAAAUGAUAAAAGUUGUGUCGGUACUUCUUUUAAUAAUAAACUACUCGAUUGUACAAAAUGAGUUUUUGUAUCAAUACAAAAA